CUUGUGUAAACAAAUUCUCAAUUGGUAUUUGAAUCCCUAACUAAUUUAAAUGUAUUUAUCUGUGUAAUAGACUACAUUUAACACAGAAAUAUGACCAACUUGGUCUAAAAACUGUUUUUAUCUAAAUUAGAGAGUCCUUACUCAGAUGCUUUCUCAAGCUUUAUUGAAAGUGAUAUAUCAGUGGCAAAGCCUUUAUUGUCUAAAUAUAGUAUCCACGGUGUCUAUCUGGUGUCCACAGCUGCUUUCUCUCUCCCUUUUUUUUAUGAAGCAUGGCUAUAAGAGGGUGUGUGUGAGUGUGUAUAUGAGCUCUGACAACAGUAGUGAUACUGUGCAGUUUAACAGCAGCAGAAGCAGCAGCAGAGGGAGAAUGGUCAAACAUAUGUUCUCCAAUCUCCUAUUACUCUGGUCACUCAGCCAGGACAUUUAUAUAACUGGACUGACUUAUGAUGAUCCAAAGGAGCAGUCCUGGAACAACCAGAGCCUCUAUUCUGUCCCCCUGGAUUUGGAUGUAAGACUUAGAAGACUAGACCUGUCCAAUAACUUCAUCAGACAGUUGCACACACUUGUUUUGCCAUACUUGGAGCAGCUGGACCUGAGCUCCAACCAGCUGGAUCUCAUCUCCGAGGGGGCUUUUGAAAAUCUGGCUCAACUUGAAGAGUUGAAUUUGUCCAGAAAUGCGCUGAACAACAACCUUGGCAGUAACAGCAAAGCUCUCCAAUCCAUCAGUAGACUGAGGAGUUUGGAUAUAUCAAUGAACGGUCUGAGUGAUGAUGCAGCAGAGCUGUACCUUCGAAACAAACCUUCUCUUGAUCAACUUAAGAUGACUGGUAAUGCUUUGACAAGACUUUCACACAACUUGUUCAAGGAGAGUAAAGGUCUGAGGGCCAUUACUAUUGAUGAUAAUCUGAUAUCAGUGAUAGAACAGGGGACAUUCGAACCACUGACCAAACUAGAGAUGCUAAGCUUGGCCAAAAAUAACCUUGAACAUAUCUGUGAUUUUAAAUUACAUCAAGUUAAAUAUCUAAAUCUUAGUCAAAAUUCAUUGGAGUUUUUUGUUACGCGUGAGGAUGACCAGUUGUAUGGGCUUGAAAUUCUUGACUUGAGUUUCAACAAACUCCUUUAUUUCCCAAUUGUUCCAAAAAGGAACUUUUUGAGGUAUCUUCAUUUACAGAAUAAUAUGGUUGGUACCUUAAAUUCAGAGGCUACAAUGGUAUCAGAGGCCAACUCUCUUUAUAUUGAGAUUACAAAUGAGAGAAUAGUUAGAAAAAAUAACCUACAUGCAAACUGGAGGCAGAUGCCCUUGAUUUACAUUGACCUGAGCUAUAACCACUUCAGGUCUUUCCCACUGGAGACGUUGAGCCUUCUCUCCUCUUUAAAAACGCUGAAUUUCAGUCACAACUGUCUGCGAAAUAUUAUCUGGAAUGUUAGAAAUUAUAGUGAUUCAGAAAUCCGUCGGCAGCUUUUCUUUCCCUCCUUAAAGCACCUCGAGCUGCAGAGCAAUGGACUUGCAUUUAUUUCACCGUUCUUUCUCAAUGCACUCACACAAAUAGAUAAAUUAAAUCUACAAGACAACUCUGUGCAGCCUUGUGCUCUCAUGGACCAUUUGGGAAGCUCUCAAUCAACACAGCAACUAAAUCUCAACACAUCCUGUGUUGCCUUCGGGCAGUUAAGAACUCUUAAACACCUCAGUCUUAAAGAAAACAAUAUAAAAAUGCUUCAUCCAAACACAUUUCAGGAAACUUCUUUGGUUUCCCUCAAUCUUGCAAGAAAUCCGCACAUGGUAAUGCAUGUAGGUGCACUAGAGGGUGUGCAGGAAACUCUUCAGUCCUUGAUUAUCAGUGAAAUAAACAUGACCAGCUCUGAUCUGUCGUUACCCUGUAUGCCAGCAUUAACUCAGCUGGACAUAUCGAACAACCAUCUUGAUAUUAUUCCCAGCAGUUUAAGCUGCUCUCCUCUGAGAGAAAUCAACAUAAGAAACAACCACUUUGUGUCUUUAAACCUUUCUUUGAUUCAUAAUUUAUCUGAUCACCUUAAUCUCAUGUAUAUUAGUGGGAAUUAUUUUAACUGCUGUGACAGUAAAUGGCUGAGAAUCUUAAAUGAGUCGGCAAUAAAACUGGCUGAUAUCAGAGACGCUGAAUGCUUUACAGAUGAUAGUAAAAUGAUGAUGAUGAUGACAGAGUAUCUGAACAGCUCUUUUGUGUAUUGUUUGUUUCACAGAAAAGCACAGGAAGUUCACUUUGGACAAAUAUUCAUCAUUGUUUUAUUUGUAUUUGUCAUAUUAACAGUGUUCAUCAUAUUUAGCAGGAAGCUGUGUUGCAGAUAAAAAUCAUUUUUAGUGUGAUACCUAAAAUCUAUUGUCAUUGGUUUCUUUUCCACAUUGCUCAACAUAUGGGUUACAUAAAGUAAGCAAACCAAAUACAGUCAGUAAGAAACUGGAGAGCAGACCUGAGUAACUGAAGCAUAAUUCCUGUGAAUUUCACUUUGCAUGACGCAUUAACAGAAGUGUGGCUUAAUGGCUGCUUAGGCUGUAAAAACAAGCAGACUUUUGGUUAAGUAAAUGCAGUAACAUAAUCAGACACAUGGAUCUAUUCUCACUUCUCUUCACAUUACUCGUCUGUCAGACAUGUAUCACGCUGUGUGACCUGCGUAGCUAAGAUGUUGUGAUUGAAAUUGGCUUUGUCGACUCCCAAGCUGUUUGGUUACAGUGCAUGCCAAAUCACUAAUCAGCCCGAGAACUUUUUGCCCCAUCCUUUGUUGUGAAAUGUUUGUUUGCAACUAAAACUUUAACCUUGGCUCAAAUUUUUAUGACGUCCAUGAAGCCUUGCACAAUCUUCCCAGAAUCAAGACUGACCUCCUCAAAAAUUCAAUACAAUACCUUGUAAGAGUUUCUGUAUAAACAUGUAUAUAUUUUUAAAUAAAUGUAACUUAUUUUAAAGUGUGUAUACACAAGAUCCAUUUUUAAUAUCACUAUCUGCAGCUAUCUGUGUUUUGUAAUGUAUAAUUUGUGUGGAUCUGACCCUGGGAGACUGUUAUCAAAUACAGUGGUAAAUGUGGCAAUGCUGCUGCAUGCCAUAGGCUAAUAAUAAAUAUGCUCUAUCUAAUAA